CCGUCUCCGAUAUGUGAAGAUAGAACUCUCUCAAAUGCACUCAUUUUGUCGCCUGUCGGCCGAUAACAAGAAGUUGAAUGAGAGCCAGCCAUGGCGUCCGCCUGCGUCAACACCAUUGGAAUGUCGCCCGAAUCCUUUCUCGACUGUCCUCCGCCUAAGUACCAGUCCUAUGGUUGGUUGAGUCCGCGAGUUUCCUACAGUCGGGAGUUUCCGGCCGACUCGGACUCCACAAACACUGCCGGACCUAAGCAUUCUUCUCUGUUGCCGGACAAGUGUGCCGCUGACGAUAAGCUCGAGGACUCAGAUCCCGCCAAAGAUGUAGGAGAUUUCGAGUUCCGCCUCGACGAUCCGGCCAUUAUGCUUCCGGCGGACGAGCUCUUCUCUGACGGAAAGCUCGUGCCGCUACAGCUCUCGAUGAUCCGCCCAGUGGCGACGUCAGCAGCCAUGCCAACGUCUAUGGAGGUUAGAUCGCCGGAUACGCCCAAACUGCGAAUCAGAAAUGAGAUUUGCGGUACGGAUCCAUACCUCUUCUCUCCAAAGGCACCUAGGUGUUCCAGUCGGUGGAAGGAGCUUCUAGGACUGAAGAAACUCUACCAGAACAGCAAUGCAAAGCAGGAUACUCAGAAGACAUCUUCUUCCUCCUUGCAGGGCAACAACGGACAUAAAUCUCUGAAAAAUUUCCUACACCGUAGUUCAAAAUCUCUGCACACAUCUAUUGACGCGUCGCUCAGCCAGCCUUUGCUAAAGGACUCCGACAACGAGUCGGUAUCGGUUUCCUCCAGGUUAUCACUGUCUUCAUCUUCUUCCGGGCACGAGCACGACGAUCUCCCCCGUCUAUCCCUCGAUUCCGAGAAACCAAAUGGUCACACUCGCAGUGCAAGUCAAAAUAUCAAUCCUCCUCGAGUUCGUGUGGUGAAGCCGAGGGCGUUAUCAUCCGAGAAUCCCACCGCCUCGCGAGUGGGCCGAAGCCCAAUGCGGAGAGCAGCAGAAGCUACUACCUCCACGACACUCCGUGGUGUCUCUGUCGAUAGUCCACGCAUGAACUCAUCCGGGAAAAUCGUUUUUCACAGCUUGGAGAGAAGCUCAAGUAGUCCAAGCAGUUUCAAUGGUGGUCCCAGAUACAAGCACAGAGGAAUGGAGCGGUCUUACUCGGCAAACGUUCGUGUCACUCCGGUUCUAAACGUUCCUGUUUGUUCACUCAGGGGCUCUUCUAAGUCUGGUGUUUUUGGAUUCCCUUUAUUUUCUUCUUCACAACCGAAGAAGGAAUCCGGUAGCUCUAGUAGUGGAAAUGGCGGUGGAAGCAAAGCCCACCAGAGUAUCGCCAAGCACCGGACUGAUCGUAUCAAAGAAUGAUGAUAAGUUCUCGUACAAGAGUACGGUAAUUCGAUCUCAACUUUUUUUGCAAAAAGAAAAAAAAAUAUUUCCCAUAUUGCUUCUGCCUUUUAUUAACUCUUAGAUUAGAUGGUGAGUGUUGUAUUCGGUGUUGAAUAUUUUCCUUUUUUCUAGACUCAAAUCAUGUAAAUAGGUAGAUUUCCCCCCCUUUUUUUUUUCGUUGGCCUAUGCUAAUGUUGAUGUUGAAGUUGAAGUGAAGUGAUUAAUUUAAUUUUGCCGUCGGCAUUUUGUGAA